GACGGUUGCCGUGACGCCACUUCCGCCUUGGGUCGCUCGCGCCUCCGAGUGCUUCCGGCUGCGCGUUUCCAGGGCAACGCGGCGCCCCGCUCCCCUCUGGACUCCGGUUAAUGUCAAGAGAUGUCAACCCCCCCUCUGGCAGGGGCAGGCAUGCCGCCCGGGGCCUUCUCAGGGACCCAGGCUCAGGCAGCUAGGGAGGUAAAUACAGCUUCUCUCUGUCGAAUUGGCCAAGAGACUGUGCAGGACAUUGUGUUCCGAACUAUGGAAAUCUUCCAGUUACUGAGGAACAUGCAGUUACCCAAUGGUGUUACUUACCAUACUGGAACAUACCAAGACAGACUGGGAAAGCUGCAGGAACAUCUCCGUCAGCUGUCAGUACUCUUCAGAAAGCUGAGACUCGUCUAUGACAAAUGCAAUGAAAACUGUGCUGGGCUUGAUCCUGUUCCCAUAGAACAACUUAUUCCCUAUGUUGAAGAAGAUGGCUCCAAGCACGAUGAUCGUGGUGCUGCAAGUCAGCUUCGUUUUGCUAGUGAAGAGAGAAGGGAAAUCAUGGAAGUGAACAAGAAACUGAAACAGAAGAAUCAGCAGCUGAAGCAGAUCAUGGAUCAGCUACGGAAUCUCAUUUGGGACAUAAAUGCCAUGUUGGCAAUGCGGAACUGAACAAGGAAAAUCAAACUUUGUAAUUGGAAAAGAUGAUUUUUUUUGGCUAAAUUUCAUUUCUUUCUAACAAGCAACAUGUUUUAUCACAGUCAUGUUGUAGAAAUGUUUGAAAUAUCUUCAAGAUUAAAAUGUUGUGGUUUUUUGUAA